AUGAUAUCCGCUGGACAUUUUGAUAUUGCCAUUAUUGGUCCUGGUUGCUUUGGUUCAGCAUGUGCAUACCACUUAACAAAAUUAUGCAACAAGAAAGUUUGCCUCAUCGGCCCUAAUGAACCCCAAGGUCCUCGCAGUGAUAGUAAAAAUUCCGUGUUUGCAUCACAUUACGAUACCGGCAGAAUAACUUGCUGCUCUGGAACCAACCCAGUCUCACCUCGUUUAAAUCAGAGAUCAAUCAAUCGAUACCGUGAAAUAGAAUCAGAAAGUGGUAUCUCAUUUUUUAAUCCUGUAGGAUUUAUUGCAAUCGGUACAAAGGAUAGCGAAUUUAUUCGAGUUACGGAAAAAUGCCUUGAUCAAUUUAAAAUUGAAGCUGAAAUAUUAGACAGUAAUCAACUAACGGAUAAAUUUCCUUAUUUAACCAUACCAAGUAAUUACGUAGGUAUCUAUCAACCAGAAAAAGCUGGUUAUAUUGAUAUUCGUCGCUGCGUGCAAGCUCAAAUUAAAGUAGCCCAACUACAAGGUUGCAUUCGUAUCGCAGAAAUUGUUGAAUCAAUUGUGGAAAACAAAGAUGGUAAAUUAAAAAUUUCUACAGAAACUGGUCGCUACAUUACUGCUGAUAAAAUUGUUCUAGCAACCGGUGCCUUUACUAAGUGUAAGGAUCUAAUGGCAAGCUGGAAUCGAAAAUUAGAUUUAGAUGUAAGAAGAGAAACAACGGUCAAACUGCAAGUUAAUGCCAAAGGCUUACAAGACCUAAGUACAAUGCCAUCCUUAAUUUAUGCCGAUGCCACUGAACCACGCCAUGUGUGCUAUAUUUUGCCACCUAUUAAAUACAAUGAUGACGGUGUUUAUUAUCUCAAGAUAGGCCACGGGUUACAUUAUAGUAAAAAAAUCGAUCCUGAAAAUCUUGUUCAAUGGUAUCAUGGCUCGGGUGAUCCUGACGCUGAGACUUCUCUGAAACAGAUAUUAAAAAAAUUGAUACCUCACGACUACUUUACAGCUUCCAAGUGUGAUAGUUGUGCUAUUGCUCGUACACCUCAUCGUUCUCCUAUGAUUGAUAAAGUUGGCAACAAUGUUACUAUCUUAGUUGGAGGUAAUGGUGGAUCUGCAAAAUCAUGCAACGAAAUUGGCUACAUAGGUGCAUUGAAUGUUUUACACCGCAAAUGGCAUUACGAUAUACCGGCGUCAGUAUUUCAGGUUUGUUAUGAAGAAAACGAAUCAAAGCUUUAA